AUGGCUGCAUGGAUCAUGGAUGCACUGCCCGAGGCGAUCAAAGCGAAGCGAAGCAGCGGGUGUUCGACGGCUGCGGCGGCGGCCAUGGCGCCUUCUGUGCUCGUGCUGUUCGGCGCCCUGCUUGUUGCCGGGCGGCUGUCCGCCGGCGGUGGGUUUAGCGUGGAGUUCGUCCACCGGGACUCGCCCGGGUCGCCGUUCCGUGACCCGGCGCUCACUGCCCACGGCCGCGUGCUCGCCGCCGCGCGGCGGUCCGUGGCGCGCGCCGUCGCGCUCGCGGGGUCCUCCUCGGCCGGCGGCGGCGCGGCGGACGACGUCGUGUCGAAGGUCGUGUCGCGGUCGUUCGAGUACCUGAUGGCGGUCAACGUCGGGUCGCCGCCGCGGUCGAUGCUCGCCAUCGCCGACACGGGCAGCGACCUCGUGUGGGUGAAGUGCAAGAAGCGGAGCAACGACACGUCGGCGCCGGCGUCGUCCGCGGCGGCGGUGCAGUUCGACCCGUCCCGGUCGUCGACGUACGGCCGCGUGGGAUGCCAGUCUGACGCCUGCGAGGCGCUCGGCCACGCCUCCUGCGACGACAACGCGAACUGCCUCUACCUCUACGCCUACGGCGACGGCUCCAACACCACCGGGUUCCUCUCCACCGAGACCUUCACCUUCGACGCCGGCGAGGGGAGCCGUCGUCAGGUGCGCGUGGGCAGUGUCAAGUUCGGCUGCUCCACCUCCACAGCCGGCUCGUUCCCCGCCGACGGGCUGGUCGGCCUCGGCGGCGGGGCACUAUCCCUCGUGACGCAGCUCGGCGACGCGACGUCGCUCGGCCGGAGGUUCUCGUACUGCCUCGUCCCCCUCUCCAUCAACUCCUCGUCGGCGCUCAACUUCGGCGCCCUCGCCAACGUGUCGGAGCCGGGCGCCGCGUCCACGCCGCUCGUCGCCGCUGCCGUGGACACGUACUACACCGUCGUCCUCGACUCCGUCAAGGUCGGCGGCAAGACGGUGGCCUCCGCGCGAGGCUCCCGCGUCAUCGUGGACUCCGGCACGACGCUCACGUUCCUCGACCGGGCGCUGAUGGCGCCGCUGGUCGACGAGCUGUCCCGCCGCGUCCGCCUGCCGCGCGCGCAGUCGCCCGACGAGCUCCUGCAGCUGUGCUACGACGUGACCGGCCGCGAGGAGGCCGCCGGGGAGGCCAUCCCGGACGUGGAGCUGGAGUUCGGCGGCGGCGCGGCGGUGGCGCUGAAGCCGGAAAACGCGUUCGUGAUGGUGCAGGAGGGGACGCUGUGCCUGGCCAUGGUGGCGACGACGGAGCAGCAGCCGGUGUCCAUCCUCGGGAACCUCGCGCAGCAGGACCUCCACGUCGGCUACGACCUCGACGCCGGCACGGUCACCUUCGCCGCCGCCGACUGCGCCCGCUCCUCCCCUUCUUCCUCCUAGCGCACGUACGCCGCCUCUCCAUGAGACCAUGGCUCAUGCUCGUGUAAUUACCUCAUCACCAUUCCUAAUAAUCUGCAGCUUGCCCGGUGAUGCCUUGGU